AAACUUCUACCGAAAUCGCACAAAAAAUCCCCUUUGGCGGCUGUGCGCCAAAAACUUGAACCUAAAGCCGUAGUAAAGCCUAAAUAAAAAAAAAAUGGUGUCUAGUCUGUGGUCUACUGUCAUUAAUGUCAAAAUCGUUAUUUUGAGGUUAUGUUUAUUGUUUGCCAAUUUAUUGCUAUUAUUUUUCAUGUUGUGUGUAUAUUCAAUUAGACAAGCAAGUGCCUGCUAAAAUGAGCGACGCGGACAGUGACGAAGAAGCAAUUAUACGCUACGGCACUCCCCUGGACCCCAUAGAAGAAGAUGAAAUUCCAUCAAAACGCAAGUACCAGCAGCCAGCAGACCAGUAUGCUGUGGACGCGUACGGCAGACGGAGGUUCCACGGUGCUUUUACCGGAGGGUUCUCAGCCGGACACGGGAACACUGUGGGGACACCGGAGGGAUGGACGCCUUCCACUUUUAAGAGCUCUCGUGCGGAUAAGGCGCAGAUUUCUGCGCAGCGUCCAGAAGACUUCAUGGAUGACGAAGACCGCGGCGAGCACGGCAUUGCGCCGCGUCACAUGGGCACGCAGAGCGAGUUCUCCGGCCAGAAGCGGCGGCUGAGACGGUUCCACGACGGUCCCAUACCUGGUGAACCGGUAUUAGAACAGCUCCUCAAAGCAGUCCACGAGACGGCGGCAGUCAAGAUGCUUCGCGCUAUGGGCUGGCGGCCGGGGCAGGGUACGGGCGAUCGCCUCACUAAAGCAGAGAAGAAGAAAGCCAAGAAACAGCACAAAGUGUAUGGCUGUUAUAUGCCGCCGGAGAUGAGAAAAGAGAACGAGGGCACAGCAGACGAGUCUGAAGACAGCACCAACUCAGAGUUCGAGUACGACACGCUAUUCGCGCCAGACGACUACGAGCCUUAUGUCCUGCAGCGUAAGAACGAUCGCUUUGGCCUGGGCUACUCGGGUCUUAGCCGACACUCAGUGCUUGGAAAUUUGGUGGGGGAGUAUGGUUCUGAUGCUGGCACGUCUAGAAGCCAUUUGGUUAUGAAGGAGAAAGGGAAAAAGGUCUCCAUCCGAGGGCAAGCAUUCGGCGUGGGCGCAUUCGAGGCGGACGACGAAGACAUUUACGCGACAGAAGAUAUGUCGCACUACGACUUUACGCUAGGGGGCGCUGAGGACAAGAAGAAGGCUGUGAAGCAAGGAGGCGCUAACGUGUUAGAAGGAUUCGUGAAAGCCGUUAAGCCGUUGCCAGCCGUAGCAUCGUAUCCUGCCCCGGCGCUGCCCCGCGGCUAUGCCCCGGCCCCGCUAAAGACCCGCUUCGACCAGCCUGGCCCCGCUGUCAAACAAAGAGACCAAGGACUAGGUCGCCACGAGCUAUCAGCAGAGGCCAGAGGCGCCAUGCUAGGCGAAGCCCCCGUGCCGAAACUUCAAGAACUACCCUACCUACCUACCCUCCAACCAGCUCAGUCUUCAGAGGAACUGAUCGCCAAAAUCGCCGGUCGCAAUGUCAACUUUAUCUCAACCACCGAAGCACCUAAGGAACUAGACUUCAUACCUAUUGCAGAUACGGGCAAAAGUGUAGCGAAGGUUUUCAGACCUUUCAUGAGCGACCCGAAUAAGCAAGGGAGAUAUGAGAGAUAUUUGCAAGAUAAGGAGGCCUUCGCGGCAGAAAGAGACGGCGAUAUAGACGCGGUGAGCGAGUGGGAAAGGAAUAGAGAGUUGGUGGAGUUUGAGCAAGCGGCGAAGUUGUAUAAACCGCUGACGGGCAUUAUGGGAGACAGAUUCACCCACGCCUCAGAGCCAGACGACAUUAACCCUUUAACCGCCGUAUCAAAGAGCUCAGCCAACUACGGGCUGGCCACAGCCGAGCAGAUAGACGCGGCGCGGCGCGCGCUAUACGGCGCGGUGACCAGGACGCAAGCGCAGUGGCGGCCUGACCCGCUAGUGUGCAAGCGGUUUAACAUACCGGACCCGGGGGGACCGAGACCCGAGUCAAAAACAGAGGACAAGCCGAAGAUUUCAUACUCUGUAUUCUCCUACCUGGAAUCAUCUGUACACGACAAGGACAGCUUCACAAAGGAACAAACUAAAUUCAGCGGUUCUAAAUCUCUUCUCAACACACCAAAACCUUUACCCAGUCAAAGCAAAACAGAUAACAUCAAAAUAAAUAACCCUGCACCAUCUACUAGUGAAGAAACCAUAAACAAAAGAAUAACAGUAGCAGAGUUAUUCUUAAAAGAAUCAGAGAAAGCUAUAGAAACCAAUAAGCCAACAGCUGUAACAGAAACAAUAGAGAAAUUCGAUAAAAUGGACCUGUAUAAAUCGAUAUUCUUAAGCGAUAGCGAAAAUGAAGAAGAUAUGAAUGAGAUACCUGUCGAAAUUAAUGCAGAAGACUUCAUAGACAGACCGAAGAAUGUGGAAAGAAAUUUAUCGCCGCCAAGAGGCAUAUUUGCGAAUAUAGAUUUCGACGAAUUGAACUCGUGGAGAAGAAAUACAAAAACCGAUAAACCGGAAAAUGUAAAUAAAGAUAGUUCAAAAGAAGAAACACCCAAAGAAAAGGCAGAAGAUAGUUCUGGCGACGUUUACGGGCCGAAGAUUCCAGAAAAUUUAUUGAAAAGACUAAACGGAGAAGUGGUUCAGAACGCAGAAGACAACUUUAGACCAAUAUUUAGAAAAAAGACUGAAAAAGAAGGUGAAAUUCACGUAAUUGACUCUUCGUCCAGUGCAGACUCUUGGGUGGAUGCUAAAGAAAUUAAAUCUAAAAAGGUUAAGCAUAAAAAGAAAAAGAAGAAACAAAAGGUGAAGCAUAAAAAGUCUAAACAUAAGAAAAAAGAUAGAUAGGUUAAUAUGUUGUUAAAUAAAAGUGUUUGUUGAGUAU